UCGCUCUUGCUUCAUCCCCAGAUGCACACCACCUUUUAAAUUAAACUCCCCCCACCCCCAUCCACCUCGUGUCGCCGUUGACUUUUUCGCCCUUUUCUUCUUGAAACACCGCAUUGGAUCUUUACAUCACAACAAACCCUCGAAAUCAUAUGACAGCUUCUUCGCUCGAUCUGAUCGGUUCCCUAAUCGCCGCCAUGGCCGAGCCGAGCCCUCUCGAUCUGAUCCCCCUCCCUUUGCCUUCUUAGCACACCCGGAAGCCACUUGAGCGGAUAUGAACAACUCCACCGACUCGCCUGGCGGCUUCCUCGGAGCCAACAACCUCGGAGGCUUUGGCUAUGGCGUCGGCGUCUCCGUCGGCAUCCUCCUCCUCAUCACCACCAUCACCCUAGCCUCCUAUUACUGCACCCGGACCGUUGACCCGGCGCCCCAGCAGCAGCGCAACAUCAUAAACGUCCACCGCCGGCGGGCGUCGCGAGAUGGGGCAAGGGCAGCGGCGGAUGCAGUGGUCGUCGAUGUGGGCCUCGACGAGGCCACCAUAAAGAGCUACCCGAGGCUGCUCUACUCGGAGGCGAAGCUGAGGAGCUCGGGCUCGACGGCUUCCUGCUGCUCCAUAUGCUUGGGGGACUACAAGGGCCGCGACGAGCUGAGGAUGAUUCCGGACUGCGGCCAUCUGUUCCACCACGAGUGCAUCGACCCGUGGCUGAGGAUGCACCCGACGUGCCCCAUGUGCCGGAAUUCUCCCUUGCCCACCCCGAUGCCGACCCCACUCGCGGAGGUGGUGCCGCUGGCUACUAGGAGGGACUGAUCUCAGAUCGAACGACAAUCCCGGGAUGGAUAUGUAGGCAGCCCUUUAGAAAAAAAUUUCCCCUUCUUGUUCUGUUUUUCAGAAGAUAGGGUUUACUGGAUGCUUAUUCAUUGUUUUAUCAUUUUUUUUACUGGAUCUAGAUCUAACUUCUCUCGAUUCUUUGUAUUAUAAUGUCAUUCUUUCUCGCAUGGAACACAUUUCCAGGAAUUUUAA